AUGUUUCCCAAGUUGGUAGUACUUCUAGGCCUGCUUUCCCUUAGUGCAGGUUAUACUAUAACACCUUUUGUGGAAGAUGGUCGAAAUAUUAGCACAGACCCAUUUGUUAAAAUUGGUAAUGGCUACUAUUAUAUAGAGACCAAUAGAGACGACUGGUUUGGGGCCUACGAAUCCUGCCGCAAAAUCAACGCUGAGUUGGUAGCUUUUGAGACUAAGGAGGAGAUGGAUGCCGUGGCUGAAUAUAUUUCAGACACCUUUGUCUGGGGCUAUUGGACAUCAGGAAAUGAUUACGCUACUACGGGAAAGCACGUGUGGUUCUCCAAUGCCCAGCCUAUAUUAUCGGAUCUAUGGUAUUACACCGAGCCAAACAACCUUGGAGGAAAUGAGAGAUGCGUGGUUUUUGUCUAUAAAAAACCUGUGGAUCUCCAAAAUUUGACUGGAUUGUAUGAUGUUGGAUGCAUCCCUGAAGGGCGAAAUAUUAGCACAGACCCAUUUGUUAAGAUUGGUGAUGGCUACUACUAUAUAGAAAGUACCAAUAGAGACAACUGGUUCGGGGCCUACGAAUCAUGCCGCAAAAUCAACGCUGAGUUGACACGUUUCUCCCAGGUUAUUGGACUUCUGGCAAUGAUCAUGCUGUAA